AUGAUGAACGCUAAUGGUUUUUUCUUCUUUAAGUUUGCUGACGAGAAUGGUAUGAAGAAUGUUAUGAAGGAGGGUCCGUGGAUAAUUCGCUCACAACCUUUAUUUCUUAAUAUAUGGUCCCCGUCUUCGAAACUGGAAAAGAAAGAAGUCAAGAAUGUUCAAGUUUGGGUUAAGCUUCAUGAAGUCCCAAUUGCAGCAUAUACGGAGGACGGUUUAAGCAUGAUUGCGACGGCUGUCGGAACUCCAAUGGAACUAGAUAAAUAUACUACCUCUAUGUGCCUUGACUCUUGGGGCAGCAGUUUUGCGAGAGCGUUAGUGGAGGUCUCGGCCGAGCAUGAUUUCAAAGAGGAAGUUGUUAUUGCUGUUCUGGAAUUGGAAGGGGAAGGGUUUGUUAAGGAAAAAGUCUACGUUGAAUACGAAUGGUGUCCUCAUAGAUGUGCUAAUUGCAAAAUUUUUGGUCAUGAUGAUAAUACUUGUCCGAAACAAAUCAGACAGGUCACGAAAGCUCCUGGUAAAGUUCAACAAACUCAACAUGUGUCUAAGAAUAAAGAGGCUUCAGAGAAACCGAUGAUAGACAAGGAUGGGUUUAUGGAUGUUGAUUCUAAAAAAGCGGCCAAAAGAACAGGAUUCCCUAUUUCUAAACCGAAGCAAAAAUUUGAAUAUCGUCCUAUUUCCUCUAAAGUAAGCGGAAGUAGUAGCAAGUCUGAUCCAAGUUCUAGUUCGUCUAAUCCUUUUGAUGUGUUUAAUGACUCCAAGUUAGUUAAUGAGGCUGAACGGGUGGGAACUGGAGAUGAUCCUUAUGGUUCGGAUGACGAUGAAGUCCAAGAAAUUUAUAAUGAAACCGAUGAAUUUCUGGUUAGUGGGACUUUAAAACCUGAUAAUCCACAAGGGGCAAGCACUCCUUCUUUGAAUGUUAUCAAUGAAUCGCAUGUUGAUGUCAGCAAGCUUGGUCACAUUUGUAAAUCGAUUUUUCGCUCGUGGGAUUGGACGUCUAAUGGCGCUCGGUGUAAAAAAGGUACAAGGUUUAUCAUUGGGUGGAACCCAGCUGUUUUCGAUGUCAUGGUAUUAUCUCAGACUGAUCAGGUUAUUCACCUACAACUUUUUUUCAAGCUGGAUAAGAAAAUGAUCUUUUGCUCGAUUGUUUAUGCCGCUAACUAUCAUGUUACUCGAAGGGAAUUAUGGCAUCAUUUGGCUUUACAUAAAGUGUUUGUCGGGAAUAAUCCCUGGGUCGUUUUGGGUGAUUUCAAUUCUGCUUUAAAUCUAGAAGAUAAGUCGAUGGGUUCCUCGACCGUGUCUGCUAGUAUGAAAGAGUUUCAAGAUUGUGUCGACAAGAUUGAGAUGUUCGAUAUCAAAAGGUCAGGUCUGCAUUAUACUUGGAAUAAAAAGCCUAAGAAAGGGAUUGGGUUGCUAAAGAAGAUUGAUAGAGUGCUGGGGAACACGCAAUUUGUCACCCAAUGCCCGAGUGCAGUUGCUAUUUUUCAGCCGUAUCGGCUUUCAGAUCAUUGUCCUUGUGUCCUAUCAAUUCCUGAUGCUGGUAUCCUGAAGCCUCGGUCUUUUAAAUUUGCUAUUUUUUUGGUUUACAAACCAGAAUUUAUGGAUAUUGUGAAGAGGGUUUGGGAGACGAGAAUUCAAGGAGUUCAUCAGUUUUGUGUUGCUAAAAGGCUUCGUCUUAUAAAGACUCCUCUCAGGGCGCUUUUAUUUAAGCAGGGUAAUUUACAUAAAAAAGUGGAAAGCCUUCGUGAUAAGCUAGAUAAUCUGCAGAAACUAAUUGACAAGGAGCCGAAUGAUGAAGAUUUACGGACUCAAGAGGCUACUGUUACUAGUGAACUUCAAGAAGCUAUGUUGGAUGAGGAACGUUUUCUGAAACAAAAAUCUAAAGUCGAUUGGUUGAGGGCUGGGGAUAAUAAUACGGCUUUUUUUCACUCUUCGGUUAAAUGUAAAAAUCACCAUAACCGUAUUGAUGUUAUUAGUGAUUCGGGAGGUGUCGUGUUUGAAGGUGAUAAAGUUCAGCAAGCCUUUGUGGAUCAUUAUGAGAAAUUUUUGGGGUGCAGCGGAGAUACGUCGACCAGUCCGGCUCCGGACCUUUUCACGCAAGUCUUGGAUCCUCAGAUUGCUACUCAUAUGAUCAGACAAGUGACUGAAGAUGAAGUCAAAAAGGCUAUGUUCUCUAUUGGUAUUGAUAAAGCGCCAGGUCCGGAUGGUUUUACAGCGGCGUUUUUCAAGAGUGCUUGGCCUAUUGUCGGGAAUGAUGUUUCUAAGGCUGUUAUUGAUUUCUUUGACACAGGUCAUUUGCUUAAAGAGUUGAAUCAUACCCUUAUUGUGCUUGUGCCUAAGGUUCCUUCACCAUCCGUUGUUACGGAUUAUAGGCCGAUUGCUUGUUGUAAUGUCAUUUACAAAUGCAUAAGCAAGAUCAUUGCGGAUAGACUGAAGGGGGUUCUAGCUAAUAUUGUUAGUAUAAACCAAUCCGCUUUUGUUCCAGGCAGGAAGAUUUCUGACAACAUCUUGCUAACCCAAGAGCUGAUGCACAAUUACCAUAGGAAUGUCGGCCCCCCAAGAUGUGCUUUUAAAAUUGAUAUCCAAAAAGCCUAUGAUACGGUUGAUUGGAAAUUUCUCAAAAAUAUCCUCCUUGGUUUCGGGUUCAAUGUUUUGAUGGUGAACUGGAUUAUGGUAUGUGUCUCUACUACAUCGUAUUCUGUGUGUAUCAAUGGUAAUGUGCAUGGGUAUUUCAAAGGUAAUCGUGGGCUUCGUCAGGGUGAUCCUCUUUCCCCGUAUUUGUUUACUCUUGUUAUGGAAGUUUUAACGGCCAUUCUGCACCAUUCGUUAAGGAUUGAUUCAUCCUUCAAGUUCCAUAAUAAAUGUGAAAAGCACCAAAUUAUCAACCUCUGUUUUGCAGACGAUCUGUUUCUUUUUGCUAGAGGGGAGAUUGCUUCGGCUAGGUACAUUAUGAAUUCUAUUUCUAAAUUUGCGAAGAUGUCGGGUCUCCUUCCUAAUAAUCAGAAAAGCACUGUGUUCUUUUGUAAUGUUCCAAGUUAUUUUAAAAGUGCUAUUCUGAAUAUCAUGCCUUUUAAGGAGGGUUCUUUGCCUGUGCGGUAUCUUGGUGUCCCGCUAAUUUCGUCGGGUUUGUUAUAUAGAGACUGUAAUGUCCUGUUGGAGAAGUUAGACAAAAAAAUCAUGCAUUGGAGAAAUAAGCUUCUCUCUUUCGCAGGUAGAGUGCAGCUAAUUGUUUCUGUUUUAUCGUCUAUGCAUAUUUUCUGGUCCUCUGUAUUUAUGCUUCCGAGUAGAGUUGUUCUUGAGUUGGAGGCAAAGAUGAGGAAUUUUUUGUGGUCGCAAGAUAUGGGAUUCCAGAAAGGCAAAGCUAAAGUUUCUUGGAAAGCAGUUUGCCUCCCUAAAUAUGAAGGGGGUUGGUAUUCUUACGAGGAGGAAGUCUUUGUGGGUGGAUUGGGUUCAUGUUUACAUGUUAAAAGGGAUUUCUUUUGGAUUGAUAUUGGUAAUGGGACCUUGGCUUCGGCUUGGUACGAUCGUUGGAGUGACAUUGGGCCGCUUGGGGAAUUUAUAUCGCCAAGAGUUAUUUCAAAUGCUGGGUUCCGGUUAGAGGAUUCGGUUUCUGACAUUCAGGCCAAUGGUCAGUGGAAGUGGCCGGUUGCUUGGAGGGAUCUCUUUCCUGUUCUAAUUCAGCUAGAUCAUGUUCAUAUCCGGCCGAAUAAUCCUGAUAGAGUUAUGUGGCGUGAUGGUAAUAACACAAGUGUCUUCUCGUCUUCGGAGGCUUGGAAUUCGGUUCGUUUCAAAGGAACAGAAAUAGAUUGGUGCACUGUUGUCUGGUUUAACCAAUGCAUCCCGAGGCAUGCUUUUUUAAUGUGGCUGAUUAUGAGAGGUAAACUACUCACGCAGGAUAAGAUUCUUAAGUGGGAUAUCUCUCGUAGAAAGACUAUGAAUAUGAUGUGUUGUCUGCUUUGCUAUGCUAAUCAUGACUCUCAUAGCCAUUUGUUCUUUGAAUGUGAGUUUUCCACGAAAGUUUGGUAUAUCGUGAGACAAAAAGUGGGCAUGAAUACGGUUCAACCUAAGUGGGAGGAUAUCAUCAAUUGGCUUCGUGAUCGAUCCAAAUCAAAAUUAGCAUCUGAUUAUGUUGCGAGGCUGGUGGUGGCGGCUUGUGCUUAUGUUAUUUGGUAG